CUUGUUCAGAAAAUCGUGUGAUUGGACACAUGAAGCCUGUAAUAGCUACAGCUUGGAUGUGGGAGGGGAAAUAUACAGAAAGAAGAGCGGUUAAAGUGCGAGAAGAAAUAUAUUUCUAAGCGGUAAAAAGAGGUAACAGUAAAUACCGGACUGAUAACCCGUUUAGAAUUAUAUAAGUUACCUGAAAGUUUUUUUUAAAGAACAUAUUCUCAUCUACCACCAAUGGCUUACCGUCCAAGAAGCAGCGGAGCAUUGGGUAUGCAAGAUCGAGCAAGGCUUAGUUUAGCUGAGUCCCAAGGAAGACCAAGAAGACUGAGACCUGGGCCCGGUUUUGACAUUGAUCCAAGGGAUAGUCGCUUUGCUGAGUAUAGACGUGACAGUCGCGAAGAAAUUUUUGACCGUCCGCUUCCUAGGUCACCACCACGUGCAAGGUGGUCUCCAGAUGCUGAGAGGCUUUUCCUUGAUCCUGAUCAUUAUGUCUUGGAUAGAAGACUCCGAUCUCCAUCUCCACAUCGUCAAGGUCGGUCUAGUUUAAGAGAUGAGUUUAGGCAUCCUGACUUGUUGGAGAGAGAGAGUACUCGAUCUCUGGAACGUAGACUUGGGCGUCUUGUCUCACCAGAGCGUGGAUUUAGGCGACCUAGUCCCUCUGACCGUAGCUAUGGACGCUCUGGCUCUCCAGACCGUGGCUAUGGAACUACUAGAUCACUGGAACGAGCAUUCGGUGGGGCAUCUGUCAGGGAUAGAGUACCUGGUGGUUCUGGGGCUCGGGAUCAUGGCUAUGGACGGUCUGAUUCUCUUGAGAGAAGGGGGCACCCCAGAUCACCAGAGAGGUUAUAUGGCCGUCCUGGAAUGCAGGAUCGUAGACGCCCAGGAUCUCCUGAUCGAGGUUAUGGGCGUCCAGGAUCUCCUGAGCAUGGAUAUGGGCGUCCUGUGUCACCAGAGCAUAGUUUUGCCAGAGCCAGGUCACCAGAACAUGCUUUUGCACAUCCGUCUCCACGUGCGAGGCGCCCUGUAUCGCCAGAUCUUGGUUUUGACCAUUCUGAGUCACCAUCUCAUGAGGUUAGACCCUCCAGAUCAGCAGAGCGUGUGUUUGGAUCACCUGAUCAUGGAUUUGGUAGGCCUGUGCCUCCAGAAACUGCAGACUGGCAUGCAGAGCAAGAGUUUGCAAGAAGGCCGUCUCCAGAAAGUGAAGCCAGGCUUCGUGAAGAGACCAUUGGGCAGGCCCUUUCUAUCCUGGAUGAGGUACUAGAUCAACAGGUUGUUGGAAAAAGCCCAUUGCGAGCAGUAAGAAAAGCUUCUUUGCGUGCUGGCUUGAGGGGGUCAGUGCGUGGUGGCCUUGUGAGAGCUGCUAUGCGGGCUGUGGCAAAAGCUGCAGGAAGGCUUGGCCCAGACAGGAGCUCAUUGAGGGGUACACUUCAAGGAGGUGCGACGAGAGGUGUAGGAGCAGGUGUGGGAAGUGGGACAGCUAGAGUUACUGGUCAAGGUACAGUGAAAGCUAGCUCUAAAGCACCUAAGUUGACCCAAGAGCAAAUGGAAAAACUGUUGAAUGAGGAUUCUGAUAUUUUUUCAAUGUUUGGAAACCAGAUCAUCAAAUGGGCUGGCUUUCAUACCCUUGUUAAUGAAACGGAUACACAGCGACAUUUUGAUACCCUUUUUACUCAAGAGUCUGAGUGUUGUGCUAAGAUGCUUGCUGCAUUUAAAUGUCCCCUGAAUGCUUUAUACAGAGAUUACAUUUACCGUGCCUUCAAGCCAUUGAAACACAAAGCUCUAAAGACACCCACUCUGGAUGAAGCUUUGGCUAAUAUGCUUGUGGAAAAAGGGGUUUUAGAAACAAAAACUGCUUUCCUUGAGAUGGUGAAACCAUUUGAUAAAAACAUGCUGAAGAUACAAGACAGACUCCUGAGGUGCGUUACUCCCUUGCUCAUGGCAUGCAAUGCAUAUGAAUGGAAUGUAAAAACGCAAAGCUUACUAGAACCAACUGACUUUGCAGCUGCUCUGGAGAAGACCGUGUCACUUUGUCGAAAGUCUGUAAUUCUCCUUGGGCAGACCUUUAGCUUAGCCACUCAGUUUAGACAAGAAAAAGUUUUGGAGUUAUUGGGCCUUCAGGACAAAGCUCCAAAUCCUUCAGACUUUCCAAAUUUUGAAGAUUCUACAUUGUUUGGAAGGGAGUAUUUACUGAACUUGGAAGCUUGGCUGAAAAAGUCUGCAUUUCCCAUCAAGAUAAACUUGGCAAGUACUACUGGAGCAGCUGUGGCAUCAUUAGCAGAGUCUACACAAGAACAAGAAAAAGUCAAAGACUUGAUAAAUCAGCUGAUAAAAACUGUCCAAGAUCCAUCACAGAAAAAUAGUCCUGCAUACCGACUUCUUUUCAAUACAAGUAGUGAAGAGCAUAAGAUUUACAAAAAUGAAUUUACAGAAAUACAGAGAACGAAAGUGGCAAUAAAAAACAAAUUUGCCCAGACAGUACCAUCUGGGAUGUCUCAUGAGCUGGCACCGGAAACAGUCCGGGCACUUGUAUAUGGAGAGCGUGUGGCUAAGCUCAAGCGAUCCCUUUCAAGGUCCUUAGUAUUCCGAAGAAACCCUGGUUUGUUUCUCCAGUCUUUAAAGGAGUUAAAGAGAAGGCAGAGGCGCAGGCAAAAAACUGUUGCAACGCAAACUGUCAGAAAGCGGGCAGCAAAACCCUCUGCAGCCAAGAAAUCAUGUGCCCAGAGUGCUGAAGAAAUGGCAGUUGACACAGAAUCUCCUCAAUCAGCAAAACCCGGUGCAGCUGAAUGUAAAGUACAUGAUCCUAUCAGGAUACGUUAUGAGAGACCAUGUGGACGUCCACCUCCCCAGAAAAAAAAGAAAGCAAAGGAUCUGGAAUUCAUUGACAAAAAACUAACUGAUGCCAACCGUGGUUACAAAAUGCUAUCAAAGAUGGGUUGGCGGAGUGGAGAAGGCCUUGGUACCGGAGGACAUGGAAUCAAAGAUCCAAUUAAAGUUGGUACUGUUACAGAAGGGCAAGGGCUUGGCACAGAAGAGGAAAAGCCAGAAGAUAACUUUGAUGUUUUCCGUCAAAGAAUGAUUCAGAUUUACAGACAGAAAUUAACAAAAUAGUUUUUCAGGACCUCUUCCAUCAGCUUCGCACCUGAUCACUAAAGAAUAAGUGGCGUCCAUUUUACUAAGAAUGUUUCAUAUGGUUUUGUUUUUAUUUUUUGUACUGUUAGUACUGUAUGUUGCAUCAAGUAACUGUUUAUACUUUUACGCAACCCGUAUUUUGUCAAAUUCUAAAGUGAAACUUGUCAAUGUUGAUAAAAGUAAGGGUUAAAAAAUGUUUUGAAUGAUGUGUAUGAUGCUCAUUGCAUUUGCACUCAGUAGUUAAGGCUGAUCACUUUCACAGUAUAUAUUUAAAGUCUUGAACAAUUUAGACAAUUUUAAUUCAAAUUUGCUUCAGUUAUUUACAGAAUGCCUGUAUUCAUUAAUGUGCCUCUUUACAUUAAAUGAAAAGUAAUUUAAAAAUAA